UAUAUUUAGUCUUCUUUGGCAGAUCAUAAUCGCCAUUUAAUAUGUGCUGAUGAUCUUUGAACACGACUUGGCCUACAAAGUCGUUGGAAAGACAUCAUGAAUGUUGUAUUUAUGUCCAUAGUACUUUCAGUAGCAAUACUUCAUUGCUCUGUUUUAUUCUACAACCAUGAUCUUCCCGUUUAUCAUUUCCUGUUUACUAGUAUCAGCAACACCGAAAAUAUUUGUAUUUGCUUUUCGAAGCAACGACACUGAUCAGCAGGCCUUGCUUUCUUUUAAGGCUUCUGUAGAUGAUCCGUCGGGUGCCCUGGACUCAUGGAACACUUCGAUGCACUUCUGUCAGUGGAGGGGCGUUACGUGCAGCAGCAGACGGGAGAGAGUAAUAAAACUAAAUAUCUCCGACCAACAAUUGGGGGGCAGAUUGUCUCCACAUAUUGGUAAUCUUUCGUUUCUCAGAGGACUUUACGUCUACCAGAACAACUUUCAUGGCUCGAUUCCAAAUGAAAUUGGCCUAUUGUUUCGCCUCCAGUAUCUUAAUUUGAGACAGAAUUAUUUCACAGGUGGAUUCCCAGCCAAUUUGAGUCAUUGUACAGAUAUUAGAAAACUUAGUAUGAGUAACAAUGAACUUGAAGGAAAACUACCCACCGAGUUUUCCUCUUGGUCUAAGCUUGACCGGUUUGAUGCUCGAGUCAAUCAUUUCACAGGCUCAAUUCCACCUUCGAUAGGUAAUGUAUCAUCCCUUCUUUUUCUUGAUCUAGCCUAUAACAAUUUAGUUGGGGGCAUACCUUUGGAACUUGCACAUCACACAAGUUUACAGUUUCUUAAUUUAGGAGUAAACGGUUUGGGAGGUCUGGUUCCGCCUUCACUUUACAACAGUUCGUCGCUCUAUGUUGUUGGUCUAAACCAGAAUGUAUUAGAAGGGACACUUCCAUCAGAUUUAGGCUUCACCCUUCCGAAGUUGCAAGGCUUUUAUGGCGAAGGUAACCUGUUCUCAGGGCCACUUCCACCGUCAAUAGUUAAUGCGUCCAAUCUUGUUAACCUUGACAUCUCGGCAAACAGUAUUACUGGACCUAUACCAAUCAACUGGGAUAGCCUUCCUAAUCUUGAAGUGCUAGGUCUGGGUCAGAAUCCACUGGCAGACUAUUCGCAGCUCCAAGACUGGAUCUUUUUCAAUUCUCUGGUAAAUUGUACCCUUCUAACUUACUUGGACUUCAGUCAGAAUGGUUUAAGAGGGAAGCUCCCCAGCUCAAUUGUAAAUCUCUCCACCACCAUAGAGACACUCUAUUUGUUUGGAAACCAAAUAUACGGAACCAUACCCCGUGAAAUUGGAAAACUUGUCAACAUGAAAGACCUUGGGAUUGCACGAAACUUUUUGACAGGGACCAUUCCAGAUUCAAUUGGAGAGCUAUCACAGUUGGGUGAACUAGAUUUCGGUGCCAACAACAUAUCUGGAGUAAUUCCCACUUCUAUUGGCAACAUGACUCAGCUAGGAGUACUCAGUUUAGAGUAUAAUAUGCUCCGAGGAAGCUUACCUCCUCAAUUAUUUAACAUCUCAACUAUACAGGAAGUGUACCUUUCUAACAAUAGUCUUGGAGGAAUAAUACCUGCGGAAAUUGGGUUUUCUUCCCAAUGUUUAAUUCUUUAUUUGGACCAAAAUCUAUUCACAGGACCCUUAACAUUCAGCAUCGGAAACUUGAAACAAUUGGUUACACUAGAUGUUUCGAAUAACAGGCUGACAGGAGAAAUACCCACAACUCUGGGUGAUUGUGUGAUGUUGGAGGGGCUGUACAUGGAAGGAAAUCUUUUUCAAGGUAGAAUUCCAUCUUCUUUCCAAGCUUUGAAAAGUCUUCAUUUUUUAGACCUCUCGAAUAAUAAUAUAUCUGAGGAUAUUCCAAAUAUUUUUGAUGGGUUUCAUCUGAUCGAAUUCCUCAAUCUUUCCCACAACAAACUUGGAGGUGAAGUGCCAAGACAAGGUUUGUUUUCGAACAUCAGUGCUUUUUCAGUUGAUGGAAAUUUACGGCUUUGUGGAGGUAUUCAAGCUCUGCAAUUGCCUUCUUGUCCCGUAGAGGUCUCAAAGAACAAGAAAAAAACAUUUUCGCUGAAAAUCAUACUCCCCCUUGUUCUUCUACCCCUUGGUAUCUUAGCAUGUCUGGCCUUAAUCUGUUAUCGACGUCAAAAUUCAAAGCAGCUUCAGAAUCAUGUUCUGGAAUUGCAAGAAAACCAGUACCUCAAGGUUUCAUACCAAGAUCUUAUGUUGGCUACAAAUGAGUUUUCCACAAACAAUAUACUUGGUGAAGGAAGAUAUGGUUCAGUUUACAAAGGAGUUCUCAAGUCAGUGGAACACAUAGUUGCUGUGAAGGUUCUGAAUAAUGAAGUACAUGGAGCCAACAAGAGUUUUAUCGCAGAGUGUGAAGCGUUGAGUAAUAUUCGCCAUAGGAAUCUUGUCAAGAUCAUCACGAUAUGCUCUAGUACUGAUUUUAAAGGGAAUGACUUCAAGGCAUUGGUUUUUGAGUUCAUGACUAAUGGGAGUGUGGACAAUUGGUUGCAUCCAGGCCCUAACUAUCAAGGUAAUAAAAGAAACUUGACAUUACUCCAGCGAAUAAAUAUUUCAAUUGAUGUUGCACUUGGACUGGAUUACCUACAUCAUCACGGUCAUGAAAAAAUCAUUCAUUGUGACAUAAAGCCAAGUAAUAUUCUUCUUGACGAGGAUUUUGUUGCUCAUAUCGGUGAUUUUGGUUUGGCAAGGUUUUCUUAUGCUACUAGAAAUGACAUCAGUCAAGCACAGAUGACUUCAACUGGUGUAGGUGGAACAAUUGGAUAUGUACCUCCAGAAUAUGGAAUGGGUGGGGAGACGUCUAUAGAGGGAGAUGUGUAUAGCUAUGGAAUUCUUCUGCUGGAAAUUUUCUCUGGGAAAAGGCCUACAGAAAGCAGCAUUGUAAAAUUCGAUGGUGGUAAUCUUCAUGAAUAUAUCAGGAAUGCACUCCCGUACAAAGUGAUGGACAUUGCUGACCCGCGGAUUUUACUAGAUCAAGAUGAACAUGAAUUGAAUGUAAAUCAAUCAUACAGCAGGCCUACCUUAGAGGUAUGCCUGGCAUCAGUAUUUGAAGUGGGCAUACUGUGUUCACAAGAGAUGCCACAAAGACGCAUGGACAUUAGUAUUGCUAUUAAGCAGUUACAUGCGGCAAGAGACAAGCUUCUGCAAGCAGUACCCUAGAUGAGAGUGGCAUCAGUACUUGAAAUGGGCAUAUUGUGUUCAGAUUGUUGCAUGCUCUGCAGUAUGGACCUUCCCUGUUUUCUACAAGAGUGGAGUGAGUUCCUUUGCUCUAGCAUCUCCCCAGCCGGUGAAACUGAUAUUAAUUUGGUCUGCAAUUUAUAGUGGAUAGUCGCUGCACCACCGCAGUUUUUGUCCCGUUUUGCUUCAGCUAAUCUGAGGCAGAUUGUACCAUAUACCCAGACUCCACAGUAAAAGCAUUUUUGGGUGAAAAUUGACUUAAUUGCAGCUUUUUUCUUCUUUUUUUCCUUAA